UAUUAUUAUUAUUGUCUUAAGUGUCGAUCAAAACAAAAACAACAAACACUUUGUUCACACAUUUUGGUGAUAUCAUUGUCUUUUCAUAUCAAUGAUUGGAUCCAACAUUUAAUGAGUCAAUCAUUAAUAUAUUGUUGUGUUUGUAACUUAAGUAGUGGUCAGACGAAUGUCACAAUUGAAUGCAUCGACAUCUAAGAGAUUGGUGUCGACUCAAGACAAGUGCCAAUUGAAAGACAAUAACUGCGUUGAAGUGACAGUCCGUUCACAGACUUUGCAGACAUUGAGUGAUAAACGAAAAGCAUUGAACACUAAUAAUAGUCUUUGCUAUAAAAGACAACGUCUUGACCAUCAAGACUACCUAAUCAGUGAUAAAAUGAGUGAAAACACAAUUGCUGUCAACAAUCAAAAUCAGAGGUAUUCCUUGUCAUCCAAUGGUAUCAAUAAACAGACGCCACUGACCACUACUAACGCCAAACCUGGAGCGGCAAAGAAAUUGAUUAUUAAAAAUUUCGAAAAGCCAAAAUUGCCGGAAAACUACUCGACUCAUACAUGGGAUCGAUUGAAGGAAGCAGUUGUGGCCAUCCAGAAGUCGGAACCGGUUAGUACUUCAUUGGAAGAAUUGUAUCAAGCAGUUGGAAAUCUGUGUUUUCAUAAGAUGUCACCCGAUCUGUAUAAACAAUUAGAGUCUUUAGUCGAGAUUCAUGUGAAGAACUGUGUGGUGCAGUUCCUUAAUGCAGAUGUCGAUCACCUCUCUUAUCUGAAAUUAAUGAAUAAUUGUUGGCAAUCACAUUGUAAUCAAAUGAUAAUGAUUCGGAGUAUUUUUCUAUAUCUUGACCGGACAUAUGUACUACAAACAGCACAAAUCCUAUCCAUUUGGGAUAUGGGAUUAGAAAUGUUUCGCAAAUACAUUACAAACGACACUAUAGUUCAGAUCCGAACAGUUGACGGACUGUUAAAGUUGAUUGAAAGUGAAAGAAAUGGUGAGGCAGUCGAUAGAGGAUUGCUUAAGAGUUUAUUGCGAAUGCUUUCCGAUUUGUCAAUAUAUCGAAACGCUUUUGAAAUAAGAUUUUUGCAAUCGACGGAACAGCUAUAUGCAGCUGAAGGACAACGAUUGAUGCAAUCCAUGGAAGUACCGGAAUAUUUGAUACACGUUGACAAACGAGUCAAUGAAGAAUGGGAGCGAUUGCUUCACUAUUUAGAUCAUUCAACGCGCAAACCAUUAAUACAAACAGUGGAAAAACAGUUGAUUUCUGAACAUUUGCCAAACAUAUUAUCAAAAGGAUUGGAUCAGUUGUUAGACGCCAAUCGUGCUUCUGAUUUGUCUCUGAUGUAUAAUUUAUUGAGUAGAGUGAAGGAGGGUUUGGGAGAGUUGUGUUUACACUUUAAUCAAUAUAUUAAAAAAAAAGGAAAAGUGAUUGUCACGAGUCCUGAAAAAGAUAAGACUAUGGUUCAAGAAUUGCUCGACUUUAAGGAUCAAAUGGAUUUAGUGUCGAAUCAAUGUUUCACUAAAAAUGAAAAGUUUACAAAUUCGUUGAAAGAAGCGUUUGAACAGUUCAUUAACCAGAGAGCUAACAAACCGGCGGAAUUGAUCGCUAAGUUUGUUGAUUCAAAACUAAGAGCCGGUAAUAAAGAGGCGACAGAAGAGGAAUUGGAAAGACUUUUGGAUAAAAUUAUGGUUUUGUUUCGUUUUAUUCACGGAAAAGAUGUUUUCGAAGCAUUUUAUAAAAAAGAUUUAGCAAAAAGACUUUUAGUGGGAAAGUCUGCUUCAGUUGACGCGGAAAAGUCUAUGCUUUCAAAGCUUAAGCAGGAAUGCGGGGCAGCCUUUACAUCAAAAUUAGAGGGAAUGUUCAAAGAUAUGGAACUCUCUAAAGAACUGAUGUUGAACUUCAAACAAUAUCUUAAUAAUGCCAAACCUAACGGUUCCAUUGAAAUGAAUGUAAAUAUAUUAACAAUGGGUUAUUGGCCAACCUAUCAGCCAAUGGAAGUACAUAUGUCCUCAGAAAUGGUUGACUAUCAGGAGAUAUUUAAAAGAUUUUAUCUAUCGAAACAUAGCGGACGUAAACUUCAGUGGCAGCCGAACUUAGGUCACUGUGUCCUCAAAGCAUGCUUUACAGCGGGGAAUAAAGAACUUCAGGUCUCACUAUUUCAGGCAUUAGUUUUGCUUUUGUUCAAUGAUUGCGACGAACUGUCUUUAGAUGAUAUAAAACAAUCGACAUCUAUAGAGGACAGUGAGUUACGCCGUACGUUGCAGUCAUUGGCGUGUGGAAAGGCUAGAGUCCUAACAAAGAUUCCUAAGGGAAGGGAUGUCUUGGAUGACGACAGAUUCGCUUUCAAUAUAGAAUUUAAAAAUAAAUUGUUUAGAAUUAAAAUAAACCAAAUACAACUCAAAGAAACGCAAGAAGAACAGGCAACCACUCAGGAGAGGGUCUUUCAAGACAGACAAUACCAGAUCGAUGCCGCCAUUGUUCGUAUAAUGAAGACAAGAAAAACACUGACCCAUAAUCUCCUUUUGACUGAACUCUACGAUCAGCUCAAGUUUCCCGUUAAACCCGCGGAUCUGAAAAAGAGAAUCGAAAGUCUUAUUGAAAGGGAUUAUCUCGAGAGAGAUAAAGAAAAUAAUAAUUUGUAUCAUUAUGUGGCUUAAGAUAAGUAAAAAUGUGAAACUAAAUGAUUGUAUAAUUUGAAUAUUUAUGAUAUUGUAAUCAAUUGAUGAUAAGUAUAAUAUAGUUUGGCAAAUAAG